UGAUUUUGCAUAUGCUGUCUUUGGUUCGAUUGGAUCCCCGCCUUCGGCCCCUCGCCAUGCCUGAACUUGGAGAAACAAUUGUGUAUCUUUAAUUGGAUUCCGGUUAGUUUAAGUGUUUUUUUUGAGGGUUUCCGCAGAAAUUUCUCGCUUGAUUGAGGAUGGGCGUUCCGGCGUUUUAUCGUUGGCUGGCGGAGAAGUAUCCAAUGGUGGUGGUGGAUGUUAUUGAAGAAGAGCCGGUGGUUGUCGAAGGUGUUAAAUUUCCGGUGGAUACGAGUAGGCCAAACCCUAACAACAUCGAGUACGAUAACUUGUACCUGGAUAUGAAUGGAAUUAUUCAUCCAUGUUUUCAUCCUGAAGACCGCCCUUCUCCGACGACUUUUGAUGAGGUGUUUCAAUGCAUAUUUGACUACAUUGAUAGGCUCUUUGUGAUGGUGCGACCAAGGAAACUUCUUUAUAUGGCUAUUGAUGGUGUGGCGCCAAGGGCUAAGAUGAAUCAACAGCGCUCAAGGCGUUUCAGAGCAGCCAAAGAUGCAGCAGAUGUGGCAGCUGAAGAGGAAAGAUUGCGUGCAGAGUUUGAGCGAGAAGGCAGGAAGCUUCCUCCGAAACACGAAACACAACUUUUUGAUUCAAAUAUUAUUACUCCUGGAACCCAGUUUAUGGCUGUUCUAUCAGUUGCUUUGCAAUAUUAUAUUCACCUUAGGAUUCAUAAUGACCCUGGGUGGAAGAAUAUCAAGGUUGUAUUAUCUGAUGCAAAUGUUCCUGGUGAAGGGGAACAUAAAAUUAUUUCCUACAUACGUCUCCAAAGAAAUCUUCUUGGGUUUGAUCCUAACACUCGGCAUUGUCUGUAUGGUUUGGAUGCGGAUCUAAUAAUGUUAGCUUUGGCCACUCAUGAAGUUCAUUUUUCCAUUUUGAGAGAGGUUGUAUUUACCCCAGGAAAAGACAAAUGUUUUAUUUGUGGUCAAAUGGGCCACUUAGCUGCUACUUGUGAAGGGAAGCCAAAGAGAAAGGCAGAUGAGUUUGAUGAGAAAGGUGAACUUGAUAGGGUGCCUAAAAAGCCAUUUCAGUUCCUUAAUAUUUGGACCCUCCGAGAAUAUCUGGAAUAUGAAAUGAGGAUUCCGAAUCCUCCUUUUGAGAUUGAUUUGGAAUGCCUUAUUGAUGAUUUUGUUUUCAUGUGCUUCUUUGUUGGCAAUGACUUCUUGCCGCAUAUGCCCACACUUGAGAUUCGUGAGGGUGCUAUUAAUUUACUAAUGGCUGUUUAUAAGAAAGAAUUUCGUAUUUUGGGUGGCUACUUGACUGAUGGAAGCAAGCCAAAUCUGAAAAGGGUGGAGCGCUUCAUUCAAGCUGUGGGAUCAUUUGAGGAUAAAAUAUUUCAUAAAAGGGCCAGGUUGCAUCAGAAGCAAUCUGAUAGGAUCAAGUACAAUAAAUCUCAAGCUAAAAAACGACAUGAUUCUGAGCCUUUAAGUAGACCAGAAGCGCUUGUUCCAGUUUCUGGAUUCCAUGGUUCUCGCCUAGCUUCUGGUCUUUCACCUUCUCCCUAUCAACAGAAGAAGUCUGAAAGUUUCUCCACUCUUGAUGUUGCGUGCAAUCCCCCUGGUAAAACAAAGCUGAACAUCAAUGGCAGGCCUAAAAAGGUUGCACGAGUCAAAUCUGCUGCCACUAUAGGUGCUGCUAUUGUUGAAGCUGAGAAGAGUUUAGAAACUGAAGUACUUGAAAACAAAGAAGCUUUGGAAUCAAAGCUGAAGGAGAGACUUCGUGAGAAGUCAGAUUUAUUCAACACGGACAAUCCAAAGGGGGACAAGGUCAGAUUGGGAAAACUGGGCUGGAAAGAGAGGUAUUACGAAGAGAAAUUUUCUGCAAAAUCUCCCGAGGAACUUGAAGAAAUACGGCAAGAUGUUGUUCUAAAAUACACUGAAGGAUUAUGUUGGGUUAUGCACUACUACUAUGAGGGGGUCUGUUCCUGGCAAUGGUUUUAUCCAUAUCAUUAUGCACCCUUUGCUUCAGACCUUAAAAAUUUGGAACGGUGUAAGAUACGUUUCAAAUUAGGGACUCCUUUUAAGCCUUUCAAUCAGUUGCUAGGGGUUUUCCCUGCUGCAAGUUCCCAUGCUUUGCCCGAGCAGUAUAGGACAUUGAUGACUGAUCUGAACUCACCUAUACUUGAUUUUUAUCCUACGGAUUUUGAAGUGGAUAUGAAUGGGAAGAGGUACUCUUGGCAGGGUGUGGCCAAAUUGCCUUUCAUCGAUGAGAAACGUUUACUUGCAGAAGUGGCAAAAAUUGAGCACACUCUUACAGAAGAGGAAGCUAGAAGAAACAGCAUCAUGUUUGACAUGAUUUUUCUGUCAGUAACUCACACGUUAUCCCCAUGCAUAUUUUCACUUGCUGAUCGCUGUAAAAAACUUAAAGAGAAAAAACGUAUUUGCAUAAAGGAGCCUAUUGAUCCAAAAGUCAGUGGUGGGAUGAAUGGCUAUAUCUCCCUUGGCUUUGGGGAUCCCUGCCCUUCUGUCUUCAGAUCCCCCAUUGAAGGGAUGGAAGACAUUGUGAACAACCAAGUCAUAUGUGCUAUAUACAGACUUCCAGAUACUCAUAAGCAUAUCACUCGACCCCCUUCAGGUGUUAUUUUCCCAAAGAAGAUAGUGACAGUGGGGGAUCUUCGACCAGAACCUGUUCUUUGGCAUGAGGAGUCUGGUAGGAGAUUCGAUAAUGGAAGGAAUAAUAAUCGGAACAAUAUGACUGGAGCCAAAUCAGGGCUUAGCAGGAAUAAUAAUCGGAACAAUAUGACUGGAGCCAAAUCAGGGCUUAGCAGGAAUAAUAAUCGUAACGAUAUGACUGGAGCCAUAUCAGGGCGAAAGCUUGGAGUGGCUGCACAUCGCCUUGUUGUCAAUAGUUUAAGGUUAGGGGUUGAGAAGAAUGACCACACCGGGAAGAUUCAUCCACCCUAUCCUCCUUCAGUUAGACACGAUCAUCAUCAACCUCAACCUCAACCUCAACAGAAUCAUGUACGCCAAGAUGGAGAACAUGCCAAAAUGAAAAGCAAUUCUCACCCGAGACCUCCAAGCUCCAAAACCAACCGAAAAGCACGCCCUCCUAAAUCUACACAUGACAACCUACAGAACAGAGUCCAAGAUCCUGUAAAUGAUCGAAACAAUAAAUUUGUGCCUCAUGGACCCUGUCCAAAAAGUGCCAUCUAUCCUCCACUCAAGGGGGGUGGAGCUUCUGUCUUCCCGGGUGUUCAUUAUGGUCAACAAGGUGGGUUAGAUGCCAGUCAAACCAAUGGUGGUGACAGGGUGAUGCCCCCAGUUAAGUCACAUUCAGGCAGAGGAUACAGUCAUCCUUUCCGACCAGGUAACAAAUUCUCAGCCUUGGGUAGGGGAGGUGGCCGAAAGCGACCACCACCACAACACUAGUGGCAAUAUGAGAUGGAACCAUUCUAGGUGAUGAAGUUUAACAGGACCACAAUGUAUACGAUUUGGUUGAAAUAGCUUCGGUGUCGGUGUUGUUACAGCCAAAGGUAGUUUUGACACAAAUCACAUAUUUGUGAUGGGGAGAAUCUGAGUAGCAAAGUUUGAGUUGGGUAAUAAAGUGAAGAAAUGGACAUGGGCAGCAUGUAUAUGUGAGGUGAGGUGGUCUAGGAAGAAGAAGAAGAAAUUGACAAGAAGGAUGUUGGAACAACUUGUUCAUUCAUGUGUGUUAAGAAGAAGACAAAAAAGGCUAAGCUUCACAAUUCAGUGCAUAUCCACCCAUUCCACACUCGAAGGUAGUGACCACCACCACAUGAUACAAGUCAAUGAAUCCCAACUCUCUCUCUCUCUUUACAUACAUAUAAAUAUAAUUACUAUCUUCCAACCCCUCUUGCACUACUCCCUCUCAUUCUCCUCUUUUAUUUCUUUGCUUCCAAGGUUCUAAUUUUGUUUGGAUGGGAAAUUUUGAUGUUAUGAAAGAUAUUGAAAAUAGUCAAAAUUUUGGUAGUUUUAAUGCUUUGUGUGAGAAAGUAGUUAAUGUGAAUUUCAUUUUU